GCCCAGUGGCGGGUCUCUUGAGCGCGGAGUUGUGGCGGCGGCGGCGGCUGGAGGCGCGUGGGGAGGCCAGGAGGCAGCGGCGGCCUGGGCCCCACUCCAGGGGGAAGGUGUCACAAUGGAUCUUAUACUGAAUAUUGCAGAUUACUAUUUUUUCACACCGUAUGUAUAUCCAAGUACGUGGCCAGAGGAUGAAAUCAUCCGACAGUCUCUCAGUCUUCUAGUUGUAACAAAUCUUGGUGCUUUCAUUUUAUAUUUCUUUUUUGCAACUCUGAGCUAUUAUUUUAUCUUUGAUCACUCAUUGAAGAAACAUCCACUAUUUUUAGAGAACCAAGUAUAUCGAGAGAUUAAGUAUACUGUCCAAGCACUGCCAUGGAUAAGCAUUCCCACAGUUUUAUUGUUUCUGGUAGAGAUUAGAGGUUACAGCAAACUGUAUGACAACAUAGAAGAUUCUCCAUAUGGUUGGCCUGGAGUUAUUUUUAGUAUGUUAUCGUUCCUCUUCUUCACUGACAUGGCAAUCUACUGGAUUCAUCGGGGCCUUCAUCAUAAACUUGUAUAUAAGCAUCUACACAAGCCACAUCACAUUUGGAAGAUUACUACACCAUUUGCAAGUCAUGCUUUUCACCCAGUGGAUGGCUUCCUUCAGAGUCUACCAUAUCAUGUGUACCCUUUCAUCUUUCCAUUACACAAAGUGGUCUAUUUAGGCCUGUACAUCUUUGUGAACUUCUGGACAAUUUCCAUUCAUGAUGGUGAUUUCCGAGUUCCAAAAUUCUUAGAAGCAGUUAUUAAUGGCUCAGCCCAUCACACGGAUCACCACCUCUACUUUGACUAUAACUAUGGCCAAUAUUUCACACUGUGGGAUAGAAUUGGAGGCUCUUUCAAGUAUCCUUCUGCUUUUGAAGGCAAGGGACCACUAAAUUAUAUGAAGGCAAUAACUGAAGAAAAAUUAAAUGGCCAUGCAGGAAAUGGUUGCAAGAAUGAACAGUUUUUCAGUGGAAAGAGUUUAAAGACUAAGUAGGUUGUUGCCCAACCACUGCUAAAUAGCAACAUCUAGUGAAGAAAAACCUGUUCAACAGGCUACCAAGGGAUAUCAUCAAAUUCAACUCUUCUGAUGUCAUUUAACAGUCAGCACUCUCAGUGCAGCUAUGAUAUGAUCAUGGUGAUGGAUUGCAGCAGGAUGCCGUGAGCACCAAAAUCUGGGCUCCACAGUUCCAACACUAGAUAUCAAACGAAAGUCUGUCUUAAUUAUUUAUCUCCCACUGGAAAAGCAUAAGGCCUCAAAAAAUGUACAGAAGGAAAGUGAUGAAGGAUAGCAGGGUGAUUUUAUGUAAUAUACCUUAAAAUACUUUUGUUCAUUGAGGAAGACUAAUUUUGUUUAAAAACAAGAUUUAGUAUCAUAACAAAGAGCUUUUAAUCUAAUGGUGGAAAGAAAGCCUUAUUGUGACAGUGUUAAUUGGUCUGUUAACAGGUGGGGUGACUACAUGCAGCACUUUUUUUAAAUGAGAAUGUCUUUGUGAUGUUACAUAUCUUGAUGUAUAAAAUUAGCAGUUAAAUAAUGUUAGCUAAUUAAUAGCCAGUGUUAUAAGAUUUGCCAUCCUCCUAUACCAAGGAAACUCAUUUUGGGGGACAGUGCCAUAUGUAAAGUUAAUAGUAGACUGCUGUCUUACAGUGAAAUGAAUAAAUAGAAUUUUUUUCCUAAAUUGAAACUACCUAGGUUUUAUUUGUAGUGAUUCUUCCAGUUUUAAGAUUACAUAAAUAAAACUUUCAGGUGUUUUUAAAAAUUUAAAACAAUAAUAAUCACUGUGGUUUAAUGCUUGAAUUUGAAUGUACUUUAAAAAGUGAAAUUUGAUAUCUGAAUAAGAAUAUAUUUGACAGUACUAAUUUUAUAUUAAAUUGGUGCACUGCACUUUGACAUGUUACAAAGCUAUAUACCUGCAGUUUAAGAUUUAGCUAAAUAUUGUGCAUGAUAAAAUAAAUAUGGUUUGCAAAAGUAUUCUAUGCAACUAUUUGUAUAAAUGUCAAUAAAAAUUAAAUAUUAUUGUCAUCAAACUGAUCCAAUUAAAUUUCCUCAAAACAUAGCAA